GGUUGUAGUGCAGAUAGUGUUUGCCUAACUAAUGAGCGGGUCAGACACCGAUGAAGGUAGAGUUGACGACGUGAGACUGACACGUUCGGAGGCACUUAGGGUCCCGCAUGUGUUCCAGGCCUUACAACCGGAAGACGAAAGACGGCUUCGUGCCGAAUGCAGAGCCCGUGCUCUAGCAGCAGCCCAGGAAACAGCACUAGCUGCAAGUCAGGUGUUGGCAGCAGCAAACGCAGCAGCUAGAGAGCAGGCAGCAGCAGCCAGAGCAUCAGCAAUGGCUAACGGCGCAGCAUCUGCUGCGUCCUCUGCUGCGUCCUCGUCUGCGUCCUCGUCUGGGACCCAGUUGGGAAUGCCCGUUGGGCCCACGGGUACUUCCGGGGCAGUAAGUUCUAGUCAGUCCACAAGUCAAAUGGCGGGAUCGCAGUUAAGCCCGUUGACCCCACGCGACAGGGAGCUCCUAGAGCUCCAACAGGUCGAAAGGAUUCGCGAGCGGUUAGAGAGGGAACUGAAGCAAGCAACCGACAGAGAAAAUGAGAUCAAAAGAAGAGCAGCCAGGCUUGAUACGUUAGAGGCAGACAAAGCUGCAUUGGAGGGUUUGGAUGAGUCAGCCAUGACUGACCAAGUGAAAAUAUUGAAGAACAGCAUGCUGUCGCUGCAUGCGCAUGUGGACAGCAGGUUGGACUUCAUGCAGAACUCUUUAAACCAGAUCUUGAACCUUUUGCAAAGGCCAGGAUUCCGGCCAGCAGCACUGUCACCGUUGUCGUUAACGGCGAUGUCAGGCCCCUUUCCGGUACAAGCUGGCACACAGCCAAGUGGUACGUCUGCAGCAGCCGCACAGACAGUUGCUUCUUCUUCUUCUGGGUUAGCGGUGGUUGCUACACCAUCACCGCAACAACCUGUUCCUCAACAGGGACAGCAGCAAGUCUGUACCUUCUCCUAUGGAGGAGGGGAACUUAAUCAUAAGAUUUCGUUCCUAGUUAGCAACGACUUACCAUUCGACUUGUUGUUAGGCAUGUACUACCUUGAGGUUGCCAAGCCCCAGUUUGAUUGGGAGGAGAAAGUGCUAAAACAUAAGUUGCCUGAUGGAAGGACAGUGCGACUGACUAAAUUCAAAGCCAGUAGCAUAAUCGAUACCUAUGGCUGCUUGUGUGCAUCAGCAUUCUACAACUAUUACAAACAGAACCAAGAGGAGGGUAUGUACCUAGUGUAUGUCUCUGAGAAAGGGGCGGCCAUUAAAACACCCCCAGAGAUAGAACACGUCGUUGCUAGGUUCCCUGAUUUGUUCACGGAGCCUACAGGAGUCGUAGAAAGGGAGGUUGUCCACGCCAUAGAAAUCAUUCCAGGGAGUAAAACCCCAAAGGGAAGGAUCUACAGGAUGGCUCUGGCCGAGUUGGAUGAACUUCGGCGACAACUGAAAGAGCUGACAGAGAACGGAUCGCCAGUACUAUUUGUACCAAAGAAAGGGGGUACAUUGAGGAUGUGCAUUGAUUAUAGAGGCCUCAAUGCCAUCACAGUGAAGAACGCAGAGCCUCUACCUCGCAUAGACGGCCUAUUGGAUAGGGUGCAGGGAUGUAUUAGGCAGGAAGAUGCGAAGGUGGCUAGUAUUAGGGACUGGCCACGACCUCAGACUGUUACUGAGGUUGGAUCUUUCUUAGGAACGUGCGGCUACUAUAGGAACUUCGUAAAGAACUAUUCUACAGUCGCCUCUCCUUUGACUGAUCUAACUCGACUUGACACGCCGUGGGACUGGAGUGAUGAGUGCGAGGCUGCUUUCAAACGAUUGAAGCAUGCACUCAUGAAUCAUGAGGUCAUAGAUCAGUAUGACUUCAAGCUAGAGUAUCUGAAGGGAGAGUACAACAAGGUUGCCGAUGCGUUGUCCCGUAGAGCAAACUACCUAGGGGCGCUAGUUUCUGAGUUUGGUGUAUCUCAGGAAGUAACUCAAUCGUUGGUGGGAGCCUAUCAGGAAGACCCUGUCAUGAUGGACAUCAUACGCAAACUUCAGGCAAAAGAAAAGGCCACAGAAAGUGAGUUUGUGAUGGUGGAUGGGUUACUCUUUCUUGAUAAGGCCGGCUGUAAAAGGUUAGUAGUUCCAUCGAGUGAGAGUUUGCGUAGUUUAUUUCUAGGGGAAUGUCACGACGCAACUGGACACUUCGGCUACAAAAAGACGAGUGCCAAUCUAGUACAACGAUUUUGGUGGCCUGGAAUGCUAGAUGAUGCAAAGAAGUAUGUAGAGACCUGUCAGGUCUGCCAGCGGGAUAAGCCGCGAACUCAAGCACUGCUUGGGUUGCUGAAGCCCUUACCUAUCCCCGCUGGUCCGGGACAGAGUGUUUCCAUGGACUUCAUGGACACCCUGGUGACCAGUAAGAGUGGCAAGAGGCACAUCUUUGUCAUCAUAGAUCGAUUCACCAAAUACGCUAGACUGAUUGCCAUGCCAGAGACCGCAAGAACUGACCAUGUGAAGUUGUUUAUGGACAACUGGGUGCAUGAUUUUGGACUGCCAGAGUCAAUCGUUAGUGACAGAGAUGUCUGCUUCACAAGUGAGUUGUGGAAGAAGACUGCUGAGCAAUUGGGCAGUCAACUUCAGAUGACCUCCGGGAAUCAUCCCGAAGCCAACGGACAAGCCGAGCAGAUGAACAGAGUUGUACAACACCUGCUGAGGCAUUACAUCAAGCCCAGCCAGGAUGACUGGGAUGAGAAGUUGCCUCUCAUCGCCAGCCUGUACAAUAACGUUGUACACAGCAGUACCGGCGUUAGUCCUAAUCAGCUACACUUGGGAUGGAAGCCUAGAUCACCUCUGGACUUCCUCCUACCUGAAAACCGACCCUCUGCAACUCCAGGCACACUUGAGUAUGGUGUGCAGUAUGAGAGAUUGCUGCAGCAAGUUGUCGAGCACAUCAAGAAAGCUCACCAAGCAAUGAUUGCUUAUGAGAACAAGCAUCGACGACAGUCCUCAUUUCAGGUAGGGGAACGUGUCUAGGUUAAGGCUAGUGAGCUAGGACAGGAAUUCAGAAUCUCUCGUAAACUAAUGCCUCAAUAUU